GAGGAGAAGCACAAGAAGACGGGUGGAAGGUGGAGGAGGAAAUCCCGCGAGAAAAGAAGAGACAGAAAGACGGACAGACAAGCGCAGAGAACACAGAGAGUGAGAAAGCUCCGCACGUGAAGUGCGCGAGACCGGGGAGAAGGGAGUUAACAUUAUUUUGGAGGAGCGCAGCAGCCGUUUUUUUUAAAUUAUUUUUAUUAUUAUUUUUCCCCACACCAACGGAGAAACAAGAUCUCCGGACAAAAAGACUGGCCAGAUGAAUCCUAUGACGCAGUUGUACUACAAGAAGGCGACAUAUUCGCCGUACCGCGACCGCAUCCCACUUCAGAUUGUCCGUGCUGAGGUGGAGCUGUCUGCUGAGGAGCGGGCCUACCUCACAGCUGUAGAGAAAGGCGACUAUGCGGGAGUGAAACAUGCCCUUCGCGAAGCAGAGGUGUACUACAACAUGGAUGUGAACUGUCUGGACCCACUGGGCCGCAGCGCUCUCCUCAUCGCCAUCGAGAACGAGAACCUGGAGAUCAUGGAGCUCCUGCUCGACCAUGGCAUCCACACGGGCGACGCCCUGCUGUACGCCAUCAGGAAGGAGGUGGUGGGUGCCGUGGAACUGCUGCUGUCACACAAAAGGCCCAGCGGAGAGAAACAGGUUCCUUCUCUGAUGAUGGACAGCCAGUUUUCAGAGUUCACCCCAGAUAUAACUCCCAUCAUGCUUGCUGCUCACACAAACAACUACGAGAUUAUCAAGCUGCUUGUCCAGCGGAAGGUCACCAUACCCAGACCACAUCAGAUACGAUGCGACUGUGUUGAGUGUGUAUCCAGCUCAGAGGUGGACAGCCUUCGACAUUCACGGUCUCGACUCAACAUCUACAAGGCUUUGGCCUCGCCAUCUCUCAUUGCGUUGUCCAGUGAAGAUCCCAUCCUCACUGCCUUCAGACUGGGCUGGGAACUCAAAGAACUCAGCAAGGUGGAGAAUGAGUUUCGUCAGGAGUAUGAGGAACUGUCUCAGCAGUGCAAGCGUUUCGCCAAGGACCUUCUGGAUCAGGCCAGGAGUUCUAGAGAACUUGAGACCAUCCUGAACCACAGAGACAAUGACCAGAGUGAGGAACUAGACCCUAGACAGUGCCAUGAUCUGGCCAAGCUCAAACUCGCCAUCAAGUACCACCAAAAAGAGUUUGUGGCACAGCCAAACUGCCAGCAGCUGCUGGCCACACUGUGGUAUGAUGGCUUCCCGGGUUGGAGGAGACGACACUGGGUGGUUAAACUGGUCACCUGCUUCAUCAUCGGACUCUUGUUCCCGGUCUUCUCGUUGAUCUACCUGUUGGCUCCAAAGAGCGCUCUGGGACGUUUCAUUAAGAAGCCCUUCAUCAAGUUCAUCUGUCACACGGCGUCCUACCUGACCUUUCUCUUCCUACUGCUGCUGGCCUCGCAGCACAUCGCCCGUACCAACCUGCACAUGCAGGGACCCCCACCCACCAUCGUGGAGUGGAUGAUCCUGCCGUGGGUGCUGGGUUUCAUCUGGGCAGAGAUUAAGGAGAUGUGGGACGGGGGAUUCACAGAGUACAUCCAUGACUGGUGGAAUCUGAUGGACUUCGCCAUGAACUCCCUCUAUCUGGCCACCAUAUCUCUGAAGAUAGUGGCCUAUGUGAAGUAUAACUCCUCUCGGCCUAGGGAGGAGUGGGAGAUGUGGCACCCGACGCUGAUAGCUGAGGCUCUGUUUGCCAUUGCCAACAUCUUCAGCUCUCUCAGACUCAUCUCCCUCUUCACCGCCAACUCCCACCUCGGGCCACUGCAGAUCUCCUUAGGAAGGAUGCUUCUGGACAUCCUCAAGUUUCUCUUUAUUUACUGUCUGGUCCUGUUAGCAUUUGCUAAUGGUUUGAACCAGCUGUAUUUCUACUAUGAAACCAAGGCAUCAGAGGAACCCAACAACUGCAAGGGCAUCCGCUGUGAGAGGCAGAACAACGCCUUCUCAACGUUAUUUGAGACUCUCCAGUCUCUCUUCUGGUCCAUAUUUGGGCUGUUAAAUCUGUACGUCACCAACGUGAAGGCUCGCCACGAGUUUACGGAGUUUGUCGGGGCGACCAUGUUCGGGACGUACAACGUUAUCUCACUGGUGGUUCUGCUCAACAUGCUGAUCGCCAUGAUGAACAACUCCUACCAACUCAUUGCUGACCAUGCUGACAUUGAGUGGAAGUUUGCACGCACCAAGCUGUGGAUGAGUUACUUUGACGAGGGCGGCACGCUGCCGCCUCCGUUCAACAUCAUUCCAAGCCCCAAGUCCUUCUGGUACCUCCUCAUGUGGCUCCACAACAAGCUGUGCAGGACAGGGCAGCCGCCCGGGGAGGAGCCGCACAAAUGUGAAAACCUGCGGGAGUUCACGGAGCGUCAUGCUGACAGUCUGAGGCAGAAUCAGCACUACCAGGAAGUGAUCCGGAACCUGGUGAAGAGGUACGUGGCAGCAAUGAUACGCAGUGCCAAGACAGACGAGGGGCUGACAGAGGAAAACUUUAAGGAGCUGAAGCAAGACAUCUCCAGUUUCCGCUACGAGGUCCUAGAUCUCCUUGGGAACCGGCGUCCUCCUCGGCGUAACUACUCCUCCUCCAGUGAGACAACAAAAGAUGACGGUGCCAUGGCAUCUGAGGACGACAGCGAGUCAGGUGAAGGCACUGGAGGAGGCCUGGGAGUCCAGAGAUCAAAGAGCGUGACCUUCAUGACCCCAGCAGAGGACGACACAAAGCCGACACCAACGCUCGGCGUGUCUGCACUGGUGCGUUCUAUUUCUGGAAUGACGCAGAUAGAAAGAGGGGUAGGUGGGGAGGAGCUGGAGGAAGGUAUUGAAUGGGGGACAGAGGAGGAGGAAGAGGAGGGAAAACCAAAGAGCAAUGGGCUGAAGACAACUGUCAUCUCUCCAUCCUCCACCUCUGUUGUCCCAUCGUCAUCUUCAUCAUUCUCUUCAGCGUUCUCAUCAUCACUUGCUCGUACAAGGAGCCGUCUGCAGCGCCUAUCAGGUCCGAGUGCAAAGACGGACUCUUUCAAACGCCUCUCCUACCUGUUCUCCCGCUCCAAACGCAAAGCCCCACCCAUGCCUGUCCCUGUUCAGUCCCCAGUCUCCUACACCAUCUCUGACGGGUUGCUCCGCCCCUUGGGGAGCCACAGCCACUCCGACUUCGGACUCAGCAACGUGACCAGAAGCGAGACUCACCUGAACGAGAUGGGCCGCUCUGUUGACAUCAGUAACCCGUCGUUCUCUCCUCGGAGAACGAAUGGGCGAGACUCACUUUUGACACUGCCCCUCCCGCCCCCCUGCCCCUGCCAAUCCCUGCACUGUGCUUCCAACAUGUCCGAGUCCAGCUCGCGCCUCCUGGACUCCAGUGAGGACGUUUUCCAGAGUGGAGGCAUGGGAGGAUCGGGUGAUGGCAGCGUGGAUGGAGGAGGGGGAGGAGGAGGGGUGAUGAUGAUGGGUGGUUGGGUGGGACCUUGCGAUGAUGUCAUAGAGGACAGCUGCGAGGUCAUAGAGGACUCCGUCACUACACAGCUAUAGGAGAAAGGGACUACCAAACUGUUUUUGUUUGUUUGCAAAAUGGCUGAAUAUAUACAGAGAUGGAGAGAGACAGAGAGAGAGGGCGGAGAAUUUGGUACAAUCCGUUCUAGAACUUACUUGGAUGGAUUUGGAAUUCUGGAAUUCUAGAAUGCAGCACACCCGAGAAUGGAGCAGGUUCUAAGGAUUGACUUGAUUGUCAUGGUAACACCACAGAGGGCAUGCUAAAGUGGCAGAUGUUCAUAGAGACAGUUUGUCUGGUAUAUUUCAGGGUUUAAACAGACACUUUCACUAUUAUGUGAAAUUUAUUGUUGGAAGGUUCUGGAGAUAAGUCGCUAAUAAUUGAGCCAACUUAACUAGCUAGCUGGAACUCAGUUAAAAGUCCGUAAAUAUCUAUUUGGAAAACUUAUUCCAGACAAUCAAAGUAUCUCAAGUUUGACGUUGUCUGGGAUUUUUCAGGGUUCAGACACACACGUUUUGCUAUCGCAUAAACCUCAUUGCUUAAAAGUUUUGGAGUUAAGUCGCUAUUAAUUGAGCUGACUUACCUUGCUUGCGAGAACUCAAUAAAACCUGUUUGGAGAAUAUUCCAGAAAUUCAAAGUAUCACCAGUUUGCCGUUGUCAGGGAUUUUUUAAGAUGGAAACACAACACACACAAGUUCACCAUUGAGUGAAUUCCCAAGACAGCCUAGCUAGCUAGCUAAACACAGAUAAAUGUCAUUUAUCAUCAGGUUUUCCACAGUAUCACAGAAAUCCAUGUCUGUUCAUCCAUGGAUACAUAAGAAACAUUCAUUGCUAGAAUCCAAUUCAACAGAUGUUUAAUUGCCAAAAUAUAAACUAUGUAAGAUCAUAGCAUUUUCUUACUGUUGCUAUUACAGUUUCCAAAUUAUAUCACAAUGUCAGUUUGAAAAUUGCCAAAAUAUAUUUAUAUAUGUUCAUGAAUAAUUGUGAAUAAAACACGAGAGAAGGAAAUAUGAAUUUCAUAUUGCGGUAAAAGUAUCUAAUUAAAAAUAUGAGGAUGUAAAUGAGGAUGCUUUUAACAGACAAGGUAAAUUACGGGAAAAGUUUGAGGCAGUUUUUCAUUGAAAAUUUUGUGGCGCUUUGACAUGCUGGGGUCCGCAUUAAAGGGGUCGGGGAAGAUGAUGGUUACAAUCAUCCCAAAUAAAUAGUUUGCCAAAUGGAGCAAAGUAUACCUGAGCUACUAAAAUACUACGUGUAAGCUCUUGGACAAAUUACAUUGUUUUAUGAUGUUAGGAAUUAUUUCUCCCUCUCGAUGGCAGUCUCCGUCUUUUUGUCUGAUCUUCACAAACUUCACAAAGCCAGACUGUCUUUAUAUACAUCUGCCAUUUUCCACAAAUGCCACCAUGAGACCAAAGGAGUUCAUUUAAAAAGGAGCAUACUUUUUUUUCCGAAAGAUUAAAACACACAUCGUUAUUAUGGGAUUACAAGGAUUCAAAGUGACUUUUCAAAAAGGAAAUAUCCCUGUUUGGAAAGUUUCACAUGAUGGUUUCUUUCCCUUUAACCAAACUUCGAAUCUGUAUCGGAAUAAAAAUGGAAUUAAAUCAUCUUAAAACCAGUGGAAUUUGAAUUGAACUACACUUUUCCAUUCAGCUGAAUGGAAGGAGAUCGCAAACGGAAUAACGUCCCCUUUAACCGUGGAACAAUGGAUUUAAAUUUGACCGAAUCACUGGGAUGAACAGAAGCAGCAUGGAACCUUUGCUCUGCUGUCAAUAGCCUGCACCCUCUCUCUCUGCAUCAACAAGGGCCAAGGAACUUUAUUUUAUCCUAAUAACAAUUAUACUAGUAAUAAUAAUAACGGUAAUAAUAAUAAUAAGAGACUUCUAUUAAUAAUAAUGAGGACUAUUCUGGUUUCUAUACACUGUCUUUGCUUCUAUUUGAGUUGCCUACGAUAUCCUGGCUUCUCGUUCAGCUCUUCCUUAAUAAGUACACUUUAACCUGGUGAAUAAUAAGAUAUUUAUUGUGUGGAAGAGGGAGGAGGGAUGGAUAAAUGGGGGUGGGAGAGAGAGCUUAAGAAACGCGGGACGUUUUAAGGAAGGAAGAACAAGGUGAGGGGAAAUAAAGGCAGGAGGAAUGAUUGGAGAAUAUAGGGAGAGGAAAUGAGGCAAAUAAGUGAAGGCACAUAGAUAUGCUUGAAUGAGGAACAGAUGGACUAAAAUGGGACGAGUUUGCCUUUCUAUCUAUCUGGGAAAUCUAUUUAAAAGGGAAAUUUCACCAGAAUUUCAUCAUGACUUUUUUUUUUUUUCUCUUGAAGUCGCUUGGUGAGGCGACUUCAAAGGGUUGGCAUGAGCAGAGGCUGUUGAAUUUUACUCUGGUUAAUAUACGACUGUCAGCGGUGAAGUAGAGAAAUUAUGCAUGUUUGAUCAAAAAAGAAAAAAAAAAACACCGUUACCUGCAACACACACAUGCAAGCACAUACACAUUCACACACUUAGAAAUCAGCUCGUGUGAUGAAUAGCUGCCAGCUAAAAGUACUGGUCUUGUCUUUGUUGUUCUCUCAGCAGGAUGACAUCAGCUCCUCUUACGUCUUGUUUGAUUGUUUUAUUCAUUUUGUCCGUCCUUGUCCUCUGUUUUUUUUUCAUAAAAAGCCCCUCUGGUUAGGCAGCUGUCUUGGCAGCAGAAAGCCUCAGAGCAGCAAUGAAUCAGCAUUCCAAAAUGUCACGACGUCAACCGCUGUGCAUCCUGUACUCAUAAUGUCACGGCCAGAGCUCGGACAGCAGGGGCACAGUUAAGUGCUUAGCAGUGCCAGCCCAUCAAUUUAGUAUUUAAUAAUCAAUUUCUUCUUAC